AUGGCUUCCUCGUCCGACAUCAUCGACCACUCACCGCACCACCCGCAGCCGGCCGAGCCCAUCCCCACGGCGUCCAAUGUCAUCCUCAUCGACAAUUAUGACUCCUUUACCUGGAACGUCUACCAGUACCUCGUCCUCGAGGGCGCCACCGCGACCGUCAUCCGCAACGACAAGAUCACCAUCGACGAGCUGAUUGCGCUCAAGCCCACGCAGCUGGUCGUCAGCCCCGGACCCGGUCACCCCUCGACAGACUCGGGCGUCAGCCGGGAUGCCAUCCGGCACUUCUCGGGCAAGAUCCCCAUCUUUGGCGUGUGCAUGGGCCAGCAGUGCAUCUUUGACGUCUACGGCGGCAUGGUGGACUCGGCCGGCGAGAUUCUGCACGGCAAGACGUCGCCGUUGGGACACGACGGCCGGGGCGUGUACGCAGGACUGUCGCAGAAUCUGCCCGUCACACGGUACCACUCGCUGGCUGGCACGUACGGCAGCCUGCCGCCGUCGCUCGAGGUGACGUCGUGGAUCGCCAAGCCGGACGGCUCACGGGGCGUGAUCAUGGGCGUGCGCCACAAGGAGUACACGGUGGAGGGCGUGCAGUUCCAUCCGGAGAGCAUUCUGUCGGCAGACGGCCGCACCAUGGUGCGCAACUUUUUGCUGAUGCGCGGCGGCACCUGGGCGGAGAACGAGGCACUACAAUCGGCCGACAAGGCGGCCGCCAAGACGCAGGCGUCGGGUUCGGGUGCGGCCGCGCCCUCCAAGAGUAACAACAUUUUGCAGCGCAUCUACGCACGCCGGAAAGAGCUCGUGGCAGCCCAGCGCGAGAUUCCGUCACAGCGCUUCGAGGACUUCCAGGCCGCCUACGAUGCCGGCGCUGCACCGCCGGCGCUGUCCCUCGUCGAUCGCCUGCGCCAGUCGCCCUUUUCCGUGGCGCUCAUGGCGGAGAUCAAGCGUGCGUCGCCGUCCAAGGGCGUCUUUGCCAUUGACAUUCGCGCGCCCGAACAGGCGCGUGCGUACGCCCUGGCGGGCGCCAGCGUCAUCUCCGUGCUCACCGAGCCGGACUGGUUCAAGGGCAGCAUCGAGGACCUGCGUGCCGUGCGCCAAGUGCUGCAGUCGAUGCCGAACCGGCCAGCCAUCCUGCGCAAAGAGUUCAUCUUUGACGAGUACCAGAUCCUGGAGGCACGCCUGGCGGGCGCCGACACGGUGCUGUUGAUUGUCAAGAUGCUCGAUGACGCGACGCUGGCGCGUCUCUACAAGUACAGCCAGUCGCUGGGCAUGGAGCCGCUGGUUGAGGUGCAGAAUGCAGAGGAGAUGACGCGGGCGGUCUCGCAGCUGGGCGCCAAGGUGAUUGGCGUCAACAACCGCAACUUGGAGAGCUUCGAGGUGGACCUGAAGACGACCAGCCGGCUGCGCAGCAUGGUGCCGGCCGACACAAUCCUGUGCGCGCUGAGCGGCAUCAACACCCGCGCCGACGUGGUUGAGAACGAAAAGGACGGCGUCAACGCAGUGCUUGUCGGCGAAGCCAUUAUGCGCGCGGCCGACCCGGCCGUGUUUAUCCGCCAACUCUGCUCAGGUGCGACUCCUUCGAUCCCCACUCCCUCUUCUUCAUCCUCUUCGUCAUCUUCAUCACGGACAAGCCCCUUACUCGUCAAGAUUUGCGGGACGCGUAGUGCGGAGGCGGCACUCGAGGCGGCGCGCAGCGGUGCUGAUCUGGUCGGCAUGAUUCUUGUUCCUGGCACAAAACGCUUCGUGUCGGACGAGACGGCGCUGGCCAUUUCCAAGGCGGUGCACGAGUAUCAGGAGGACGCACCUGCAUCGACUACGGCGACAGCUACGUCAACGUCAACAUCAACAUCAACACACAUUGCAGCCGACUUCUUCGACCAGGCGCGGACCACGCUCGCCAGCCUCCACAAUCGCCGCCCGCUCUUGGUCGGCGUCUUUAUGAACCAGCCGCUCGACUACGUUCUUGCCAAGCAGAAGCUCUACAGUCUCGAUGUUGUCCAGCUGCACGGCCGCGAACCCGUCGAGUGGGCACGCCAGAUCCCCGUGCCCGUCGUGCACAAGUUUGCUCCGGGUGAGCCUGGUGUCAACCAACGCGGAUACCACGCUGCCACGUUGUUGGAUUCCGGGGCAGGGUCGGGCACGAAGCUCGACUUGUCGGCCGUCCAGGCCGAGCUGGCGCGCGACCCGAGCCUGACGUUUAUGUUUGCGGGCGGUCUGACGCCGGCCAACGUGGCAGAGGUGCUGACGACGCUGGGCCCAGAGGCGUCGGGCCGUAUUCUGGGCGUGGACACGAGCAGUGGUGUCGAGACGGACGGGAAACAGGAUUUGGCCAAGAUCCGGGCGUUUGUGCAGGCGGCCAAGCAAUUUGGCCAGUAG